GAAACUAGAGGAGAGCACAGCUAUCGAUCGAUAUGUGAAUAGCGACGCCUGUGCAGUGAGCGAGCCCGAGCCACGAUCGACAACCGUAGAGCCCAGGGGAAACAAUCGUGUCAUCUCUUUGACGUAGCUCGACGCGCUCGACGCGUGUGAGAACGGCGAGUGUGGACAGUGGUUGUUGUUCCCUUUCACGUACUCCCGCCGGCGAUUCCGCGGCUCGCCGUAUCUCUCUCGCGUUCCUGGCCGAGGGUCUUCUCCUUUGAGUGGAACUCCGUUGGAGCCACGCAGCCGGCUUGACAGAUUCACCGUUCACGACGGCGGCGUUCCUCGACACGACGAAACGCGUCGUCAUGUGGCUGACAGUGCGAGAUACAUUAGUUGUUACUCUGGAAACGAAGAAGAAGCGUUGGACAUUCGGCAUGACGUAAACCAGUUACAGCUACCGCGGAAGAAACUGAAACGGCCGAAAAAAGCGUCGUGCGGCAAAAAAAAAAAAGAGAUAAAUAGAGAAACGGACAUCAAGUGUGAACAAGUGUAAAAUGUCCGAAAACGAAACAAAAUCGGCUUCACCGAUACCCACGGUCAUGUGCGCGCAAUGUUGUAGUAGCAAUGACGGCGGUGGUGACAGUGGCGGUGGCGGCGGAAGUGGAGGUAGUGGUCUGUCGACCGCACAAUGCCCGGCCCUGCAGGUCACCUCGCGGAUGCUGCGCUCACCGAGUCAUGAGAGCGUCACCACCGACCUGUCACUCUUCAGCGUGUCGUCGAUCGCAAGCGACCUGCGCAGCGCCAACAGGUUGGUCACUUUCAAAUCCUACAGCGAUGCGCAACUCACCGGACGGGGGCCCUCACCGAAACCAGAUUCUCGACAGAUUCAGGGCAAUAGGCCGGCGGACAUUCCAGAGAUUUUAUGGUUUGAGGAAGAGAACGAACUAAUUCGCAGCUGCGGUGUUCUGUCGUCAGCAUUGGGAUUGCGUAAGAGUUUUAGUACGAGCGACGUGUCGCAGCUUCCUAGCCCGGACGCAGCUGGAGCCGGUGGCCUACGAACGGCAGUAUCCGCUCUAGCUCUCGACACUGCCCAGCGCAAUACUCUGCUGCUGGAACACGCCAGACUCGAUCAUGCCUCGAGGUCCUGUAGCACCUGGGUUGCCGUGGGUGAACCCGUGGCCAGUACGUCCCAGCUUCCUAGCCCGCAUGGCGGAACUGCGCAAGAACAGCAGCCUCAACAACAGCAGCAGCAGUCGCAGCAGCUACAAUCGCAGCAGCAGCAAUCUUCUUCAAACGCUCAAUCGGUGCCACAAUUACCACCACAACCACCGGCACCGCCGCCACCACCUGUGCCCUUCACUGGAGCGGAUCUCGUGAGGUCCGUCAAUAAGAAAGUCCGACAGAACUACAUACGCCGAAGGUUACUGACCACGUACCGCGCUUUGGAGCGCCUUUCGCAGAGUGAAUUUAAUCUAGAUCAGCUAGAAGCGGCGGCUACCGCGGCACAGAGCUCUCAUGGUACCACUUUGCUGGUGCCGGGAACGGCCGCCGGAGUUCCUGGUGCUUCCUUGAUUGGGCGGAAGGAGCGAAAUCACGCGUUGACCAUACGGGACGUUGAGAGAGAACGUGGAAAUCAGCUGUCCAAGUAUGAAAGGAACAUGAUGAUCUUCAAUUGGCUUCACACUUUGGACGACAGUGCGGUCGUAGAUAGCGUCGAAUAAGCGACAAGGAAACUUCUCCAACACCUACCGCAACUCCGACAACGUACGACCUAUCGUGCCUAAGUCUCUUCCUCGUCGAUAUUCCUUUAUCGAGGACGCUUCGUUGACACUAUAUUGCCGCACCUCGGAGAAUAAUACGUAUAAGACUUCUUUACUGUUAACUAUAUUGAGUUAUGACAUCUACAAAAAAAUAUAUAUCUUUCUCUUGCACUACUCAACGAUAUAUGGUAAAUUAGUUUUUUUUUCAAAUGCCCUAGUUUUAUUCGAAAAAAUGAAAAAAUGUAUAAAACUUCCCAUUUAGUCCUUCAUAAACUUUCACUAAUAAUGCCAGAUAUAUUCAGGUUAAUCUCUGCUGAAGUCAAAAGUUAGAUGUUAUUUAUUUUAUCCUUCCCUUGCGGAUUUAGAUAUUAUGAGAUGCAUUUUACGCAAUCAGGAAAAAGACGAGUUGACAUUCAUCAGAGAUAAAGUGCGUAUUCGUCAGGCGAAAAUUAAUAAGUGAUUAUGUAAUUUAAUCUAUACUACGUUA